UACUUUUCCACAAUUGAUUAUGUGACAUAUUCUCCUUUUCUCUACUUUCAGUCUGAUGAAGUAUACCUUGAAGCCCCACUUCAAAAUAUUACAUAUGCUCCUAUGUGUUUAGAAAAAGUUGCUUUGGAACCUUCAGCCAGUUUUUCAGCACGCCAACUAAAUUCAGUAGAAGACAAGAAUGGAAUACAUCCUGUUUUUGGAGAAGUGAAUUGCUUGAAUCCUUUAGAUAGCAGACAAUAUUUAUUUUGUUUAACUCCUAAACCUGAAAGCCAAAUUAAUGCAAAGCUACUGAAAGGUAUAACCAGCAUUGGAAAGUUGGAUAUUGUGUGGAGAACAAGUAUGGGUGAGAGAGGACGUUUACAGACAUCACAGUUAGAAAGAAUGGCCCCUGGGUAUGGAGAAAUUCGAAUGGCUGUGCAUGAAAUUCCUAGCAUAGUAACUUUAGAGAAGCCAUUUCCUAUUACAAUUAAGAUUACAAAUGCUUGUGAGCGUGCAUUAGAUUUGGUUUUGACCCUCUACAACUCAUUCAGCAAUGGAAUAUUGUGGCAAGGUGUAUCUGGUCAGAAGCUUAAUAAAUUAGAGAAAAAUACUUUUACACUUAUUCCUUUGGAAGCCACAGCUGUGAGACCAGGACUCCAGAUGGUUUCUGGGAUCAAAAUUAAGGAAAUGUUUCUGAAAAGGAUAUACGAUUUUGAUGAAGUUGCUCAAGUAUUUGUUUCUUCCGAGAUGCCAUCUACAUGAAAGAUAGAAUUUUUUAGAUGUUACAGUCUUCUUUUAACCAUAGUAGUUCUGAAUCACAAAAGCAAUGGCUGAAUCAUGAACAAGAUGGGUUCAUUAAGAAAUGACUGCAAAAUAUCACUGUAACAGACUAGCAAGUCUUUUGUGGUCAUUAAAAUUACUUGAAAUUGUAAUAAUCCAAAUGAAAUUUGAGAUCAAGGAGAACAGUGAAAUGAAAUUACUUAGAUUACAAAAUUACAUUUAUUAUGUGAGGAGAAUGUUAUUUUAUUACAAAUGUAAAAAUUCUCAAUGAAAUCUUAAAUAUAUGGAAUUAUAAACAUAUGCAAGUGUCACUUCAGUAUUUAAACUGUGCAUUGAUUUUAUAACUGCUUAAUACUUCAAUAUUUUAACUCAUUAGUUAAAUUUGAUGAUUAGUUAUUAAAAAUAUUAUUGGUAUAAAUACGUAUAUUUUCCUAUUCCUUGUUCUUAGAAUUUUGGUAAUUCAGUUUCUUUUAUGAAUUUGUCCUUAAAAAUGUAUUUAAAAAAAAAGUUCCAGUUAAUGUACAUAAAAAAUGUAAAUUUACUGCAUUAUGAAAGUUCUGAAUUAAUUACAAAUGUAUUGAAUAAAAUAUAACUUGUAUUUUGUAAUAAAUUAUGAAAAAAAUAAAUGAAAUCUUAUAUCUA